AUGCGAUUCUUUCGAAAAAAUAUUUUAUUCAUAUUAUUUUUUGAGUUUAUAAGUUGUAAAGAUAUUAUUCUGCCGCUACCCAAUAAUCUGACAAAAUUCGAUAUAAAUUUCAAUUUUUGUGGAAGUGGAAAAUUCACAGAAAUUCUUGGAAUUCUAGUCUAUGAUUUCUGUGAGAAACCAGGUAAAGAAAACAUUUUUUGAGAAUAAAAAUAUAAUUGUUUUGAAGAACAAAUCAAUCAUUGUUGUGCAAAACACGACGAUUGUUAUGACCAACAAAAAGGAAAAAUAUUAUGUGAUCAAAGUUUUCAUCAUUGUACCAGUGUAUGUUUUUUGGAUCUCUUGGAUAAAAUUUUUCAAAAUAAAAAAAAAAUAAAAAUUUCAGAAUUAUGAUUGUUUUUCUGUGAGCGAAUCAUCUUAUAGAAUUGUCAAAUUUUUUGGGGAAAAUGCUUAUAAACUAGCUUCUGGAUGUAAGUUAAAAUAUUUGGAAAAUAUAUAAUUGAAGAUAUUUUAGAUGUACCUCUAAUUGUUUAUAUUCCUUCUACAAAUAAUGCCCUGUUUGAUACCGAAUUUGUCAAUUUAUAUACUUUUUGCUAUUUGAAUCGAUCAAUUUUAUCUUCUUGUGUUCUAAAAUUUCAAAUGUGUUGGAAUAAUUCUCAGAAUUCCUGCAACGAAUUGGUUUGUAUUUAUCUAUCUCAACAAACCCCAAAAAUAACAUAA